AUGGAGGAAUCAUGCUUUAAAAGAUUUGUUUUCUAUGUGGUAUUAGAUAGUGUUAUUGGUGGCCUUACUGUAAGAUUCCAAGCAGCACAGAGCUUUUCAGAUAAGGUUAGCUUCAUGUGGAUUUAUCUCAAUAUUGAUUUGGAUACAUUGGAAAUGAAAGCAAAAUUAUUAAGUGAAGAGUAUUCAGCAGAUGUUAGCGAAGAUAUUGUAAUGGAAAUAAAACACUUAAAAUCUAUACAUUAUGCAAAUUUUGGAUCGAAUCAAUUAAGCCCCUUUGAACUCCUAAAUUCGAUUAGUCGAACUAAUUUACAUGGUCUAUUUCCAAAUAUUUGUGUAUGCUUGAGAAUAUUCUUAACAAUUCCUGCUACAGAUGUAUCCGCUGAACGCUCAUUCAGCAAACUAAAACUGAUUAAAAACUUUUUAAGAACUACAAUGCUACAAGGACGGUUAGUGGAUUUGGCAAUGUUGAGUUUCGAAUCUUCAAUAUCUAGGUCAAUUGAUUUUGGCAAAGUUAUUCGAAAUUUCUCUUCAAAAAAAGCAAGAAAAGCACCUUUGUUUUGUAAAUGA